GCAGCACUAGGGCCAAGUUACCCUCUAUGGAAUCCACAUUUGUAUUGAACUAUGGCUGGCACAGUGCUCGGAGUGGGGGCUGGCGUGUUCAUCUUAGCCCUGCUCUGGGUGUUAGUGCUGCUGCUGUGUGUGCUGCUGUCCAGAGCGUCUGGUGUAGCGAGGUUCUCUGUCAUUUUUGUAUUCCUCGGUGCUCUAAUCAUCACAUCAGUUCUGCUGGUCUUCCCUCGAGCCAGUGAAGUCCCAGCCCCAGAGGUCGAAAUGAAGAUUGUGGAUUCCUUUUUCAUUGGCCGCUAUGUCCUGCUGGCUUUCCUCACUGCUGUCUUCCUUGGAGGCCUCUUUUUGGUUCUCAUUCAUCAUAUCCUGGAGCCAAUCUAUGCCAAACCACUGCGGUCCUACUGAGCACUAUUCAGGAAAGCCAAGACCCUGUUCUGUCCUUCGCUUUUGAUAUCAUUAAUGAGCAGAAAGGUACUGUUCAGAGCCUUGUUUUGACAGCCUUCAUGCCUUAAGAUCAGAGAAAUAUCCAUUCAUGACUAGGAUAAAUCUCUUGAAUCCUGGAUUCCAAAAAUGGGGUUGCAAAAUUGGCCCUGCAGAGGCGAUUCUCACCAUCUUCCGAGGGAUACUGCUAUCUUCUUAGCACUUGUUCCUCAGGUUUUCUGUUUUGACAGGGAAAUAAAGAUAGUGAUCUGCUUCUGGUAGAUUUUCAAUCAAGACAUCAUUAAGUGGAUUUUGGGAAAAGGAGCACUUUGGCUUCCCCUGUCCAGUAGACAGCAGAAUCUCAUCCUUUUGAUAAUACACAAGAUUCUUAGUUACAA